AGAUUAAUCUCUCUCUAGAAACGAUAACUGAAGAAACCAAACAGAGAGAGAGCGACUUCAGAGAGAUAAAAACGAUGAGAGCUCUAACAUGGACGGGGUUAGCUCCGCCGUCAACGGUGGUAUCUCGGACGACGACGACUUCUACGGUUACCUUAAGACGGCUUAGCCUCCGGAGAGAUCGCUUCUGUAUUAAAGCCACUGCGUCUUCAAGCGCGGCGGUUUCAAGCGGAGGAGUAGUGGAAGCAGUAGAGUUGGUAGAGAUAGGAGAGAGAAGCAAGAAAUGGAAAUGGAAAGGAGAAUAUUCCGUUAACUACUUUGUUAAAGAUUCGCCGGAGGAAGUUACUCCGGCGAGUCAAACUGUUCUUUUGGUUCAUGGGUUUGGUGCUUCGAUUCCUCAUUGGCGAAGGAACAUAAAUGCUCUGUCUAAGAACCAUACAGUGUAUGCGAUUGAUCUACUUGGGUUUGGUGCUUCAGACAAGCCACCUGGUUUUAGCUAUACAAUGGAGUCAUGGGCUGAAUUGAUACUUAACUUCUUGGAAGAAGUGGUUCAGAAACCAACGAUUUUGAUUGGUAACUCUGUUGGAAGCCUUGCUUGUGUCAUCGCUGCCUCAGAAUCACAACAAGAUCUGGUGAAAGGUCUUGUUCUAUUGAACUGUGCUGGUGGUAUGAACAAUAAAGCCGUGUUUGAUGACUGGAGAAUCAAGCUGCUGAUGCCUUUACUCUUGCUUAUAGACUUUUUACUUAAGCAAAGAGGAAUUGCUUCUGCACUCUUCAAUCGUGUUAAAGACAAGGAAAAUCUCAAGAACAUCUUGACAAAUGUUUAUGGUAACAAGGAGAAUGUAGAUGAUACCCUUGUUGAGAUCAUUGCUGGACCAGCAAAUACUGAAGGAGCGCUAGAUGCAUUUGUUUCAAUCUUAACCGGUCCGCCUGGACCAAACCCAAUUAAGCUGAUCCCGGAAAUAUCCAAACCGGUUCUUGUCUUAUGGGGAGACCAAGAUGGACUAACCCCUUUGGACGGUCCUGUAGCAAAGUACUUCACUUCUCUUCCUGAUCAGUUACCUAACUUCAACCUCUAUGUUCUACAAGGCGUUGGACAUUGCCCUCAAGAUGAUCGCCCCGAUCUUGUCCACGAGCGUCUCCUUCCAUGGUUGGCUCAACUCUCGUCAACCUAGUUUUGAUUUGCUUGGCGGUGUACACUUGUUUAUAAAUGUAUAACAGAUUUAUUGUUUACGUAUGUGCAACUUUUUUGGCAAAAAAGACUGCAUCAAAAUGGUAUUUGAUAAACUGUAAAGCACACAGAUUAGUUAUUUCUUGACACAUUUCGUUGUUUCUGAAUGUA